CAGCUGAGGAGGAGCGGGCAUGAUGGAGGACUGAUUCCGCCCCGAAGAAAAAAACAACAACCUGUGCAUCAACUAAGGGAACAUUUGAACGCUCAGAACAUCCACGUGGAGCCUGUUAACACUCGAGAAAUAUUUCAGACAAGUUGGAUUAUCCUUACCGCAGUAAAUCUACCUGAGUCACCUGUUGGAGCGGAACUGCUCUCCGUCAUCAGUCCAGCACUUUAUUUUAGAAUCUGCUGUGAAGCCAUGGAACCCACCAUUGUUCCAAAGGGAUGUGGUUCCGGUAUCAGCUCCAUAUAUUACAACCUGUGUGACCUGACUGCAGUGUGGGGGGUCGUGGUGGAGGCCGUUGCUGCUGCUGGUGUGGUGACUUCCUUUGUUCUGUUGGUCAUCCUCAUGGCCAGCUUACCGUUUGUGACACACAAGAAGAGGAAGGGUAUGGUGGCCCUGCAGGCCGGCAUUCUGGUCUUCACGCUGGGACUCUUUGGACUCACCUUUGCCUUCAUUGUGGGUCGGUACUCAACCAGCUGUGUUGCACGGAGGUUCCUCUUUGGAGUACUGUUCUCGGGCUGUCUAGCCUGCCUGGUGAUGCACGGGUUGUGGCUCGCCCUGCUGGAGCGGAGGGACCGGGGGCCCAGGAGCUGGAUGUUAUGCCUGGGGGCCCUGGGUCUGUGGAUGGUCGAGGUGAUCAUCAACACCGAGUGGCUCAUCAUCACUGUGGCCAGGAGCCCACUCAGAGGUGUCAUUAUCUCUGACCUGUCCUGCAGCAUCGCUAACCAGGACUUUGUGAUGGCGCUGAUCUAUGUGAUGGUUCUGCUGCUAGCUGUGGUGCUGAUGGCUGUGCCCUCACUGACCCACAAGCACAAGCAGUGGCGGCGAGAUGGAGCCUUCAUCCUGGUCUCGGGGCUCUUCACCUUGGCUAUCUGGGUAGCUUGGAUCGUCAUGUACAUCCAUGGGAACAGAGUGGUCGGGAAUCCCAGCUGGGACGAUCCCACUCUGGCUAUCGCUGUGGUGUCAAAUGCCUGGGUGUUCCUCAUCCUCUACGCCAUGCCAGAAAUCUGCUUACUGACCCAGGAGGACCCUGACCAGGAGCUGCCUAUCGAUGGAGAUCACGUUUACCCCGCCAGGAGCCUGGUUUAUGACGACAUCCUUAAGGAGCCGGAGCCACUCCACCAGAACAUCUACAUGGAGAAUAAAGCCUUCACUAUGGACGAGCCUCCAACAGUACCCACAAAGCCAGUGUCUCCAUAUGGUGCUUAUAAUGGUCAGCUACGGAGUUGUGUGUACCAGCCCACAGAAUUAGCCCUGAUCGCCAAGGGUCUGACCAAGAUGGACCAAGACGCCAUGCCUCGAGCUCGAGACCCCUUUUGGAAUCGAGGAAGUGGCAGCUCCCUGCCUCGUUUAGCCGAGUCCUCGCUGCCUUAAGGGCCGUCACAAGCAGGCAGCGUGAGUCAAGGGGCUCUUAGCGCUGUCUGUCGUUGCAGCUUUGACACCUCCACCAGGGGUUUGUUCUCCCCUCGCAAUUCCUUGUAACAAAUGUAAUGUAGCAUCCUUUGCUCCUAGGUGCACUGCAUUUAAAGCAAAGGAAAGGUCUAUAAUUGAGCUGAUACACGUUUUAAUUCACAAACACUGGAAGUUGUUGUGUUCUCACCAAUAUAAUGCUUUCUCUUGUCACAAAUCGACUGACUGUAAUUCGCUAAUCUGUUGUAAACAAUACUUACUUGUUAACUUGUGACAUCAUGUUGAUUCAGACUUCCUAUGAUUUGUUUAGUGCCUUGAAUUUAUAAAAAUUACAAUUUUAUAUAAAAGUGUACAUUCUUAACUUAUUAAACCUAUAAUAGGUUACAUACAUACCAUUUGGCUGUUGGGUCUUUGGAUUGUAACAGGUAACAAUUGUCGAGUAUAGGCAGACGAGGCACAAUGUAAGAGGAAGUAUCACAAGGUACACACUAUCUUCACAUAAGUUAUUUACAUAGUUUGCUUGAUAAGAUUUAACUGCUUCACCUGGCGCAGGUGAUGGUUAUCACACUGUAGUGGCUGUGUGUACACUGCUGGACAAUAAAUACAACUAUUCUAGGCACUGAAUAAAAUCUGAGUGUAAUAGUGAGUGGAUGCUCCUCCAUUUUGAGUUUGGGGCAUUACAAUAUACAAUUUGAUGGACAAUCUCAUAAAAACUGCAUUGUCUGACAGCAGAAGUAGUGACAGGCUGCCAGGAGCCUUCCCUGCACACAUGCUGGUUACAUAGGAAGCUGCACAUAAGCACACUGCGAGCACCAUCCCAACAUUAUUGUUAGAGGGACACAUUAGCUUUGACUUACGAGUAAUAAGAGGAACCAUUAUGCACACACACACACACACACACACACACACACGUACUUUAGGAGCUUCAGAGUGAGCUGUGGCUGCCUAGCAGCAGGCUGAGUAGGCUCUCCCCCCAAUUACUCCCACCAUCCUCUGCCGUCAGCAGCCACGAGUACUUGCUCGGAAAUUAAAUUGCUCACAAACUGGAAAUCAGGCCAAUUAGCGGUAUACACAACAGAACACAAACGUCUCAAUUUUACUCUGCAACGCCUUAUGGGUGCACCUGCUCGACUCCACUGCUUGUAGAUAUAACAAUGCAAAGAGCUGCCAAAAAAAAAAAAAAAAAAAAAAAAAGAAGCAGCACAGUCUUGUCAAACAACCUCACGGUGAACAUACAGCAGGGAAAAUGUAUCCAAAUGUAAACAAGACAGCAUUCAAACAUUGCAUGGAAUGUUUUCUUUGCAUUUCCAACGACAUCUUACCGAUGCAUCUCACUAAGGGGCCACUGGUAAAUAAACGCAUACAUUAAACCUUGACAAUGUCUUUAUUUAAAGUGUAUUGAAUGUUAACUCCUGAUCAGUGACUUGAGCUGAAAUAAAAAAACUAAAACAAACAGCAUCUUUCUCUGACAGGAAGCAACCGUAAAUCCCUUGAUAAUGCGGAUAGCCGUCUUGUGCACAUGGACACCGGGGUAAAUGACCAAUGGUGGUUGAGCUCAGCACCACCAAUCACAAGCAGCUGUCCCCACUUAAUGUGUUUUCCAUGUCACUGUGACAA